AGAGAGAGAGAGAGAUAGAAACUAUACAAUUAUGUGUUUCGGUUACACACCGUACGUUGGACAGUUCGCUACUUCGAUGAUCAUACUACAGAUGGUGCUGUAAAGCAUGGUGGAUGUCUUAGCUAAAACACUAUCGCAAUUUUAAACCUUUUAGUAUUUCGAGUCGUUUAUCUUCAUAGUUGUAUUUGAUCUUUUAAUGGACCAUUGCAAUUUGAUUUGUUGGAGAUUGUUGAUUUGUCCAAUUCAUCGGAAAAAUUUAAAUUCAUUUCAACAAUUGACAUAAACAAACAAACACCAUGCCGAGUGCAAAAAUAGCAAUGAGUUCUGUGGUCAAAACCUCAAAAACUCCGAGUAAUCAAUAGUAUUUUAGUCAAAAAACGUGAAAUUCGACUUACGCGGAUAUUCGAGUUACGCGGAUUCGUCGGGAACGCAGAAACCGCGUAAUUCGGGAACAGACUGUACAUUAUUUUCCAAUCAAUUGUUGAUAUAACAAUUUACCAAUGUCUAGUAUAUGACCAAGGCCGGUCUCGUAGUACAGUCGUCAACUCGUACGACUUAACAACAUGCCCGUCAUGGGUUCAAACCCUAAAUGGACCGUGCCGCCAUACGUAGGACUGACUAUCCUGCUAUGGGGGGAAAUCAAUCAGUCACUGAAAGCCAAACCCACAAGAGGUAAAGGCAGGCCUUGACCCGCAACGGUUGUUGAGCCAAAGAAGAAGAAGAAGAGGUAUAUGAUCAAUGUCUAGUAUAGUAUAUAGUAUGGUAUAUAUCACCAAAAGAGCGUACAAAACGAAUCACUACAAAAAAAAUCAACUAACGGCUGCUAGUUGGAAAGCAUUGAACUUAAGAGUUAAUAUUUAAUGCAACUUUACGAUCAAACAGAAAAAUGAGAUAAAAAAAAAUAACAUUCAAAAAACAAAGUCGUGAUAAAUAACAUGAACGUUAACAAUGAAGAAACAGAAAAUUACGAGUAUAUUUGAAAUAAUAAACGAAAUAUUUGUUUAAAUAUUGAGUUGGAUUUUUCAUGAUAUAAUAUUCAUAAAAAAUGCCUUAUUUAUAGCACUAUUUUGGCACUGGAAUCAAUAAUUUUAGUUUCCAUAAAAUAUGUACGUAUUUUUUUAACAGCGCUAUGCACAUCACGAGUGAAUUACUUUAACAAAUUAAACCUGACAUACGACGGUUCACUGUACAUGAACAGCAGAAAAAAAAUGAAUAAUUAUAGUAAAAGAAAACAUUGCAACAGCAUCAAUACCUUUGAUAAUCAAAAUUGACCAACUAGUUCUCGCUUAUAAUUAUUUAGCAUUGUCAGAGUAAACUACAUCAUCAGUAUAAAACAUGCAGUCACAAUGAAACGUGUGCAGCAUAUUGUUCAGUGUUUUGUAAGAAUUUCCAUAAUCACGUAUGCAUUUUAUCACGCAUUAAAAACCGUACAAUGUGACCAGCAACACAUUCCCGUGUACUAUCCCAAUCGAAUCGUCUUCACGAAUGAAUCGAGACCGUUCACCGUACGAGUGACCCGGUUCGUCUGUACGGAAACGCCAUACGAAGUGUCAGAACUGUUGCAGUGCAAAACAGUGCUGCGGCGAAAUAGCCCAACAUACUUGAACUUAACGAUACACGUCCCGAAAGUGCUGAACACUUUGUAUUUCCAGGUGAAAACAUACUACCGGUUGAACGAUUAUCAGGCUUUCCCAGUUGAUGUAUUAUUAGAAGCGUGUGCAUAUUUUCGUAAUCCAUCGGAAGAUAUAUUUUCCCGCCAUGUAAUGUCUGUAUUUUUUGCUACAGUACCUCAACUGCUGUACUACUGUCCACAUGGUAACCGAACUUACAAUGUCGCUUACUGGCUGGAAGAUAAAUUCUUUCCCAAGUCGGUGCCAGCCGGAGACUAUCGUCAGGACGUUUGGUUUCGUGAUGAGCUGAACAAAACACUAUUGUCGUAUCAAGCUCACUUUUCUGUUCGCCGCAGGGGUGUAUGGAAAUCUUUGAUCGAGUGGUAGAGCCGACAAAUGAUGUGUGAAAGCGAUAAUUGAUGAUGUUUAGGCAGAAAUGUAUCGUAGUAAAUACACAAUUAUGCAUCCUGACAGUCAGCUUCUAA